AUGGCUGCCUCCAUCGCACCCGAAUGCAAUGAUAUCAAAGAGAAAUAUGACACCUGCUUCCUCAAAUGGUACAGUGAGAAAUAUCUGCGUGGCAACACUUCUUCCAAUGACUGCGAAGAACUAUUUAAGAACUACAAGGGAUGCUUGAACAAAGCUCUGAAGGAAAGGGGUAUUGACUCCAUGUUGGAUGAUGCUCGGAAGAGUGGUAGCAGUGAAACAGAUGCGGAGUUCCUCAAGAAAUCUUGA